AUGUCGCCCGCAGCCAUUCAAGUCAAUCCCUCCUCCAAGUUACCGUCGCCCGGUUUCAAUGCCGGUGCGCGACCCUACCGCUCCCACAAAGUCCGCGCCUGUGAUCUCUGUCGCAAGCGCAAGUCCCGAUGUACUGUUGACAUUCCCGGACAAUCUUGUCUUCUAUGUCGUGUGCAGGGUGCCGAUUGUCACUAUCAAGAAGAAACCUCCGCGGAUAACUCAGUGCUGGGCCCCUCGGAAUCGAAACCGUCGUGGUCGGGAGCCCAGCCGGUCGAACCCGUGUCCGGGCACAAGCGCAAGCGAAGCCCCGACAGUUCGCCCACCUCCGGCCCUCAUAUUCUGACACGCCAGUCUACCAAUGGGCCAAGCCCCCAGGAUACCAGUUCCACCUCUGGACAUCGCGGAAGUGAAUCGCGACGCAAAGGAUAUAACGAUGAUCGGCACAACGAAUCAGUCCUUAUUGUCGGACCAAUGAUAGCAGAAGAUGCGCAGGUCAUUGAGAAGCACAUGCCUCCUGAACGAUCGAGUCUUUCCGAAGAACCUAAGAGCCACCCAUACAAUAUUUAUUCGAGUGAUCCUAGGAAGCCCGUGCUCUACACUACUAUCUCAAGGCGGAGAAUGGGUAUGCGUAUGGGGGUUCCACCGGGUGAGAAUCAAAAAGAGAUUCUAGAACAAAUCCUUGGUCCGUUUAAACAUGACCUUGUGAGACUAUUUAUCGACCGAUUCAACACCGCAUUUCCUAUCUUCGAUGGUGAAGCCUUUUGGGAGUCUUAUAUCACCGAAGAUAUGGAGGACCCCCCAGCCUCGCUUAUAUGCCAGGUUUAUUCAAUGUCCCUUGUUUAUUGGAAGCAUACACCGAAGCUAGCGUGCCAUCCGAAGCCAGACGUACGAUACGCCGUGAACAUGACCGUUGCGGCCUUGCACGAGGAGUUUUCUGCGCCUGGAUUGUCCACGAUUAGUGCCGCACUGAUUGAUUUGACGGGACGACCAAUCUUCUCAAUGACAGGGAAUGCCAUUAGCUGUGGUCGUAUGCUUUCUCUGGCCAAUUGCCUUGGUUUGAAUCGAGAUCCAUGUUUGUGGAAGCUCUCCGAGCAGGAAAAGAAUCAACGAAUUCGACUCUGGUGGGGAGUAGUGAUCCACGAUCGUUGGGGUAGUUUUGGUCAUGGUGUGCCUCCGCAGAUCUCCAAGACUCAAUACGAUGUUCCUCUUCCCACUGUUGACAGUUUAGUGCCCGCAAGCAUUCGCACUACAGAGCGUGUGAGAGCGGCACAUUGUCACAUUGCCUUGUGUAAAUUGACGGAGAUCUUGGGCGAGCUUUUACCCCUUGUAUAUGGACUCAAAGCCAAGUUGGCGCGUGAGACCUCCAAACAGAUCAGACAAAUUCGAACGGAGUUGGAUUUAUGGGAAGAUUCCCUUCCCGACUGGCUGAGAUCGCCAGACAAUAACGCCCGUGGUGAACAAGUUUCUGCAUCAAGCAGUCUACAGCUAGCAUUUUUGGCAGUCAAGAUGCUUGUGAGCCGUGUGGAGUUGAAUGAGGUCAACAAUGCAGAAAUAGAUAACCCGGAAGCUCGUCGCUACUUUAAAACCGAAUGCCGACGAUCAGCAGAGGAGAUCGUACGCUUCAUCACAUCUCUCCGAAAAGAGAACUUCAAGGAAUUUUGGCUACCAUAUAGCGCCUUUCACCUAACUUCCACCGCCACUCUCCUUGUCCGAUGUGCUCUCGAAACCAAUGACGCUGAGGUUGCCCGUUCCUGUCUCGCCAACGUCGAGACUCUGCGUGCCGUUCUUCGUCGAGUCCGGGAAGAAGAAGACUGGGAUGUGGCUGAUAUGUGCCUUGACCACUGCGAACGAAUCAUGCAUCGUCUUCCUGGUACUAGCUCCACGAUGGACCAGCCAUUGAGUGCCUCCAUGGCUGAUAACGGACUGGUCAACCCAGCUGCAAUCUCACUACCGGAGACACAAACAAACAACGAUAUCGUCGAUGAUAUGAUGUCUAUAUCCAAUACGUUUGGCACAAUGGAUGGCUUCCCCUUUGAUAUGACAGGUAUCUGGGAUGUGUCUGUUUUCCAAGAUGUCAACCUGUCUUAG